UCGUCUCCGGUCACAUUGAGAGGAGUGUUACGCGAAACACAAAAGUGGAAGUGAGCUCGUUGUUAAAUUAAUAAAUAUAAAUUGAAAAACAUGAGUUGUUGAAAGAUAGGGGACAAAUGCAUUGUUUAAGCGCGUAACCAGCCCACAUGUAGCUUAAUUAAAAUUUCAAAUUUUUUCGCAAAUUGGCAUUAGGGCAGUGUUUUUUUUUAGCAGUGUCUUAUCGAUUAAUUUUUAUUUGUACAGAGAGAGAUAGUUGAUGCGACUAUUGCUGGCGCGCAAACACUCACACUCACAACGACAACAACAACAACAGCGGAACAAUAGUUGAUACAUUUAGUGGCGUUGCAAUCUGAAAAGCUUGCAAAACAAAAGCAAACGCGGAAGCAGAAAGUGCUUGAUCCGACACGAGAAUGUCUUGCAAAGCGGAGAACACCAGCAGUAGCAGCAGCAACAACGUGAAACUUAUUAGCGAUAACAGCGUCGACAACGAGAUUGCUGAUAAGAUGCUAAACCUGCGCGCGAGGAACACUCAAAAUGGCACGUAUAAACCACCGAAACAACAACAACAGCAAACUCAACAGCCGCAACAACAACAACAGGCGCAGCAACAACAGGAACAACAGCCAGCAGCAACAACGCCACAGAAAGAGGCAAUGUCUGCGGACGAGCGAAAAGCAACCAAGAAAUCUCUAGUCAUUGUUGUUGCAAUAUUCGCUGCCAGUCUGCUAGCCAUGUUCUAUGUCUAUGCAAUAUUUCCCGAAUUGAAUGCCACUGAGAAGCAACAUUUGAAAAUACCACGUGAUAUACAAGAUGCUAAGAUGCUAGCGAAAGUCCUGGAUCGCUAUAAGGACAUGUAUUACUUUGAAGUGAUGUUCGGCGUUGUUGUCGCCUACGUAUUCCUACAAACAUUCGCCAUUCCUGGCUCGUUAUUCCUGUCAAUCUUACUUGGAUUCCUCUACAAGUUUCCCAUCGCACUGUUCCUGAUUUGCUUCUGCUCGGCGCUGGGCGCCACGCUCUGCUACACGCUGUCCAAUCUGGUCGGAAGGCGUCUCAUCCGACACUUCUGGCCAAAGAAGACAAGCGAAUGGUCCCGCCACGUCGAGGAGUAUCGCGACAGUCUGUUCAACUAUAUGCUAUUUUUGCGCAUGACCCCGAUACUACCCAACUGGUUCAUCAAUCUCGCCUCACCAGUCAUCGGCGUGCCUCUGCAUAUCUUCGCGCUAGGCACCUUCUGCGGCGUCGCGCCACCGUCUGUGAUUGCCAUCCAGGCGGGCAAGACGCUACAGAAGAUGAGCAGUUCGAGUGAGGCAUUCUCCUGGACAUCCAUGGGCAUCUUAUCGCUUUGUGCGUGCGCCUCAUUGCUGCCCGGCCUUCUUAAGAAUAAGUUUAAGAAGAAGAAGGCGGCGUAAAUGGCAUGUUGUCUGCCAUCAUAAGUCGUAUAACCAGCAUAGAUAAACUGUACCAAAAAACAGAAUGAAAAUAGAAAAUGCAAACCCCUGAUUUGGGUUGUUUUACAUACAAUACAUACAUCUAAAAGUACAUACUAUAUAUACCAUAUACCAUAUACUUAAUAAUUAAUUGUUUAGGUUUGCCUUUAGUUCUUUAGUGAUGAAUAUAUGUAUUGAAUAUUGAACUGCUAUUUCCAAAAACACAAAUCAUGUAACAACAAUUCAAGACACGUAAUAAUAAUUGCGCAUCUUGUUAUUAAAAAUGGAACAACAAGAAAAAACGUUAAAACUCCGAGUAUCAAACUAGGCUUAAGUAUUAUGACUAAUUUCGCUAUCUCUGUUUCUUUAUAUAUUUUUUUAAAAUUUGAAAUACGAAACUUUUGCAUGAUAUA